CCUUGGUAAUUCUUCAGUGACAUAUGUCCAUUCUCUUUUCCGGAUUUCUUGGGGGGAAGGGAAACUGAUUCAACAGACAUAUAACGCUGAUAGUUAUACUUGCAAAAUAAAAACGAAAUUUGGAAAGAAGAGAGAGGAAAGCUUGGCACGAUUAAUUGAGUGUAUAAAUAUUUUGGUUGCGUUUUACAAGCAAUAUACUAAACUGUGAGGAUUGUUAAAAAUAUCACGGAAGAAUAUUUGGAAGUAAUCAAAAGAAAAUGUAUAUGUAAGAUAGGACCUGAGAAAUAAGAAGAGGAAUUGAUAGAAAGAAACCAGCAGCCAAUCAGAAUUCUCCAGAGAUCAUGAGGUUUCCUGUUGUCACCCUAUCAAGGAUCACGAAACAUCCCACCCGUGGAUAGACGAGUGAUGUCUGGACUUUUGUACAGUUUCCAAAAGUUAUUACGUAUAUAUAUUUAAUAAUUACCGAUUUACCCCAAAUGUUGAAGGAUCACGAUGGAGACUCGGAUGCCGUUGGUAAUAUUACUAGAGGUAAUGUUUCUUCAAACGGUUGAGUGUCUGGAUGACAACUAUGUGCAUAUUAAUUUGAAAUCGGGCGUGGUUAGGGGUUACAGUCCUUUUAUCUCCUUUUUAACCUCCCCCGUCACUUCCCCUGGCUCCCGCUGCGAUAAGCAAGUGGUUUUAAGGAUUGACUUUUCCGGAAAAUAUCACGGAGCCAAGUUUUUCUUGGACUAUUCGGAGCCCCCUCGAUUUUGGACUUUGGAUAUUUCCGAUUCUCCGACGGGGGAUGGGUAUGGAGGUGACCAUGGAACCACAAGUAACAUGGCUGAGACUCAGAUUCAUAACAAACAGUUACGGGUUUAUGGGAAUGACCUGCCGGGACACAUGGAUGCGUCCUCCAAUGGGGGCUUGUUAAUUCAUACCACGGAUAAUUUUGUGAAAAGAGGAUCUCGUGUAAAAUUGGAUAUAAGUGAUGAAAGAAUACAAUGGAAGUCCGGAAAAAUAAAAGAUUUUCUCGAAUCUAAGUUUUUGUUUACCUUAAAUGGGCAGGAACCCUUAUAUGGAAUUAAGGAUAACUUUCUGUAUGUUGGUUUGAACAGAGUCGUGGCAGGAAAUUACAGGAACGGGAGUGGGUUGUGUGACGUCACCAUCUCCUUGUAUUCCUUUCCAGGGAGACGCCCCCCAGAAGGUAAUGCCUGUGAAAAGGGUACUCAUAAUUGCCACAAGGACGCCAUUUGCAUAAACACAAGAAGACGGUUCCGAUGUCGUUGUAAGCCAGGAUACUAUGGAAACGGAAAGCUCUGUUACGAAAUCAAUGAGUGCAUCUAUGAUAACGGGGGUUGUGUUCAUUUCUGUCAAAAUACCAAAGGCAAUUACACGUGUAGCUGUAAGAACGGAUUUGAAUUGGACAGUGACGGACACAACUGCAUCGAUAAGAAUGAAUGUUUACAAAACAAAGGAGGAUGCCAUCAUCAAUGCCUCAACACACUGGGAGGGUACGAGUGCAAAUGCAACGCAGGUUACUCUCUAUCCAAGGACGGGCGGUCUUGCCAAUAUGGAACUUGGUGUACAGAAAAUUUAGGAUGCGACCAUCACUGUGACAGUUCGGCUUCCGGUCCCCAGUGCGCAUGUCGACCAGGGUAUACUUUGAUCUCGGACGGGAAACAUUGUCAACAAACCUGUGCUGUUGGAAAUGGGGGUUGUCAACACAAUUGUACCGAUACUACUUCCGGUCCAAUAUGUAGCUGUGCUCCCAAGUACUUACUGAUGGAAAACAAUAAGACUUGUAUUGCUUCCUGUGAUGUUAACAAUGGCGGAUGUGACAGAGAAUGCAUAGAUUCCAGGGAUGGACCAAAAUGCCAGUGUCCCUCCGGUUUUCAUCUUCACCAGGAUGGAAGAACAUGUCUAGAUGAGGAUGAAUGCGCUGUUAACAAUGGGGGAUGCAGUCACAAGUGCUUGAACACUGAAGGAAGCUAUGAAUGUGUUUGUCCAAAGGGAUUCAAAGUUCAGUACAACCAAAGAGUCUGCGUUGAUAUCAACGAGUGUGAGCUGAAUACAACGUGUGAUCAUCACUGUGUGAACACCCCGGGCAGCUAUUACUGUACCUGUAGGGAGGGCUACAAAAUAUACGGGGUCACUCACUGUGCAGAUAAAAACGAAUGUUUGGAACAGAAUGGCGGUUGUCAGCACUCCUGUGUUAACAAAGAGGGAAGCUUCAAGUGUUUCUGUAAAACUGGCUACAAACUACAUUCCAACAGAAAGGACUGCCUAGAGUGGAACAACUGUUUACCCUUCGAGACCCCUGCCAAGACCUUGACGUCCUGCAAGCAGACUGGUGCCGACCAGUACUGUUCCAUUCAGUGCGAGGCUAACACUCAUCCGUCCGGAGUACUCAACACUAACAAGUACUAUACUUGUGGUCCCAGUACGCAAUUUCAGUGGUCCCAUAGUCUGCAGAAUGUCACCCUGCCGUUUUGCUCGGAAAAUAUGCGAGCACCCUCCGUCUCUAAAACAAUCAAGUUUGUGUUUGUGGCCACCCGAUGCCGAGUCAAGAGGCGGUUAAGACACGAGGUGCAGCAUAAUAUUACGAACCAGCUGAACACAUUGAAGAAGUUUAAAUGUAGAAAUUCGUGUAAAAUCAAUUAUGUUCAGAUAGACUGCAAACGCAUUCCAAAGAAAUUCCGAAGACUCGCACGAGAUGUGUCAAAAACGGUCAUAGCGGGACAGAUGGAACUGGAAGUGCGGCCGUUUUCGACAACUAAGAAAUGUGACAUUCCUUGUACAACAAAACGGACUGAGAGGCGUCUGAAGAAAGCGUACAAAACUCUCAGAAAGAUGGUCAACAAGGAACAGCUAUUCUUCAGAUACGACAAGCAAGACGUUUCCUUUGCCAAACGAUCCUUAAAAACGAAGAAAGUGUAUGGUUAUGACUGUCCUGUUGGCAGCAUUAUGGCGGAACUCGCUUGUGUGGAUUGCGGAGUUGGGUCGUAUUACAACAAAAGUAGUCAUACCUGUGAGCUCUGCCGUCCAGGGACCUACCAGGACAGGGAGGGACAGACAGGGUGCAAGGCGUGUCCCCCCAACAUACAAGGGGGAGGCAUACUGGGAGCAAAGAGCACGAGCGAAUGUUCCAUUUUAUGCGGCCCUGGCACAUACUCUUCUAGUGGAAAAUUUCCGUGUAAAAAAUGUCCACGGGGAAAGUACCAAACGGACUACGGAAGAACCAGGUGUGAAGACUGUGGCGUUGGGUUAUCUACAAUACAAGAUGGCGCGCUGUCCUUCCGAGAUUGUAGUACCAAAGUUACGUGUGCUGCAGGGAAUUUCUUUGAUGUUCUGAAACACCUGUGCCUGCCUUGCCCAGUUGGGACGUACCAGCCAACCGCUGGUCUCAACUUUUGUUACGCAUGCCCAGUCAGUACAUCCACAGAUUUUGUGGGGUCUACAAAUCAGUCCGAUUGUAAAAAUCAAGAAUGUGGCGGUCAGAUUGGUAAACUGCAGGGAUACAUCGAGAGUCCUAACUUUCCUGGAGACUACCCGAACAGUAUACAGUGUACCUGGAAGAUAAAACCCGGAAAGAAGCGACGCAUUCUUGUGAUCAUUCCGGAAAUAUUCCUCCCAAAGGAAGACCAGUGUGGAGAUAAACUUGUCAUGCGCAAAUCUAGUAAACCUUCUUCGCUUACCACUUAUGAAGUUUGUGAAACAACAGAAAAACCCAGAGCGUUUACCUCCAGAAGUAGAAGGUUGUGGGUUCAGUUUAAAUCUGACUCCCAAAACACUGCUGGUGGCUUCUCUAUUCCAUUUGUCACCUAUAAUGAGGACUACCAGCCUUUAAUAGAAGAUAUUGUUCGAGAUGGCAGGUUAUAUAGCUCAUAUCAGCACCAGUCCAUCUUAAAGGACCGUAAACUGCUGAGCGUGCUGAUGGAGGUGAUAUCCCAGCCCUAUAACUACUUCAAAUACGCCAAUGUCUCACACACCAUGAUGCCCACCUCCUUCAUACAGCUCCUGACAGAGAAGGUCCAGCGGUUCUUCUCCACCUGAGACCUGUCUUGUUGGUCGACAGGGAUGCUAUGGGCGUUCAGAGGAUUACAAGGGAGAAGCAAUAUCAAAAAGGGGAACAAUCAAAUCCUAUCUUGAGAUUAAACAACUGUUGAACAAAUUUAUGUUGCUGUUUUUCAGGUUUUGAAGUCUUGAUUCAAAACACAUAUCAAGAAAAGACUACCGCCAUUUGUGAAUGGAAUGUAUGAUUAAAGAUGUGUUACUUAUUUUAAAAAAAAAAGAGUUUGUAAUUUACAAACCAUGUUUGUGUUUAAAUGUAUGUAAAUGCUCAUAACAUGCCAAAUUAGUAUUUAUUUUGUAUGUCAUCUUUUAGUUUUUAUAGAUUCUUUUUACAUUGCAUCCAUGUUUUGAGUGCAUAUUAUUGGAAUAUGCAUUAACAGGUUGAUUGUCAUCUCAAAGCUUUCUUUCCCGUAUGUUUUAUAUAUAUGUACCAUAGCUUUUUUUCAGUUAACAGGAAAAGAUUGUAUUUGGGUGGUUUAGAUUUUAAAACUGUGUCACUGAUAAAGUUCAAGUUCUUUCUAAUGAAAUGUAACUAAUUAUUCAUCCAGGGGUAUUUUAGCUUUGUUCCCUUUAUAAAACAGGACAAAGGAUAUUGAUUCCAUCUUGCAAUACACCUUCAGAUUCAACUUAUGGUAUCCUACAAUGGUUUAAUAGGCAUUUCACUGACUAUAGGUCCCCGAACGAGAGCUGUGUACUUAUUGCAAUGUAAAGUAACUACAACUGUUCAUUAUGAUAUUUCAAAUAAGGUAUACAAGUGCUUAAAAGGGCCAGUUUCCCAAAGGAAAAUAAUCUUUAAUUGCCUGUGUACUUAUUGCAGCCAGAGUUUAUUAUUAUUCCAGAUAAAUAAUGUGACCCUGUUAAUUUAGGGUCAGUGAUUUCCUGUAUAUGAUGUAUGCAAAUUCGCAGUGGUGGAGGGGGCAUACAUUAUUAUGACAAAUAUUGUAUUUGUAUCUAUUUUUAUUUUACAAACCAUGUUUGUUAAUAUAUGCAAAAUUGUUUUUCACCUAUAAUAUUUUGUUUCAUUUCCAAACUCGUGCUUUGUCAUUCUGCUGGUAUUUCUGAGCAUUUUCCUACCCUCUUCAUGUAUCAGCACUAAUUAUUGGUUCCAAGCUUAACUUGAUGCAUUCACACAGAUCAAGUUUUUGCCAUGAAUAUAUAUGUACAUUUGUUGUCUUCAUAUGUGAAGAGUGGUUAUUUCAUGUGCCUGCAUUUUUGUGAUUAUGAGCAAUAAUUAAUUAUCAAUAAAUAGAAAAUCCUUGUGUAUGUGAAAUAUCCCAAGUCUUUUAUCUCUUCAAAAUAAAAACUUUGCCAUCAAUAUACAAUGUAAAUGGCAUAUCGCAAAAUUGUACCAUAAAUGCCAGAAAAUAUAACAAAUCAGAACAAAAUGUGCAUAACAAAGCUUUUUUUUGUUUUUUAAACCUCUUAACAUUUUAAUCGAUAAAAUAAAUCAUUUUUAAAAUAAGCACCAGUCUUUGUAGCUGCAGUGCAGUAGAGGUGUACAGUAAAAUUUAAGUUGACAAAACAGCAGGUCAAACAAAAUUUCUAACUAGAGUUGCCCAUCUGCAGCUAUAUGUACAAUCUUUGAAUGCCAAUUUCUUUUUUUUAAUUU